AUGCAGCGCAGACCUUCAGCUAAUCCGUGUCAAACAGUCACCUACUCCCGGACACCUCUCCCCCGGACGGCCUUAUACAGCUAUCCGGGAUCCGGCAACACCUGGCUGAGACACCUGAUCCAACAGGCAACAGGUAUCGCCACUGGCAGUGUAUACCGUGAUUAUGCCUUAAAACUGUACGGGUUUCCUGGGGAGGGAGUCGCCAAUACGUCUGUGAUAGCCGUAAAAACCCAUGAAUGGGGACCUCAGGAACGAGCAAAGUUUGACAGGUGCGUGUUGAUUAUCCGGGAACCUUACGGCGCCCUCCUGGCCGAGUUCAACCGACGCCAUGCCGGCCAUCGCGGCCACGCUACCUCCAGCAAUUUUGGCAGGGCCUGGCGUGAAUUCGUUUACGCCCGUUCACGUGACUGGCAGAAAAUGAACUUUGAUUGGCUGCAGUUUGAUGGCCCGUUGCACGUGAUUCGCUACGAGAAUCUCAUGACGGACCUUUUAGCGGAAAUGCGCAAACUUCUGACAUUCCUUGGCACGCGCGUGAGUAACAGGGACUUCUCGUGCAUGAUGAAGAAUUCCGAAGGGCUUUUUCACCGGACAGACGCCGGAGGAUAUGCGAAGGAUCACUACGACAACAAAAUGGUGCACUUAAUUGAUUCGAUUUGGACCAACAUGACGGAAUAUCUCAACUCAAGAUUUAUAAACAGAUGAUGGAAUUACACCACUUAAAUAUUCAUCAAUUUCUCAUCAAGAUUCAUUCAUUAUUCUAGAUCAUCAGAAAAACAUCCCUCAGAGAACACCUAGAUGGACAGAACCUUUUGAAACGUUCUCUGUCGCUGUUUUGGAGAGUCGGAGAAAGUCAAUGAUUCAUUGCACAGAAAUAUGGAGAGCUGGUAUUAUCAUACCUUUAUUCCAAGGAU